GUGAUAGGGGUGAGGGGCAGUGAUGCGAUAGUAGCGCGUGCCUGUGUUGGAUGGUUCACGGUGAAGGCGAGAGAAAAACUGGGGCAUUGAAUUUACAAAAAUGAGUGGAAGAGCACGUUCUCGGGCCCGAGGGCGGGCCCGUGUCCCUGAAGCAAGUGCCCAGCCUGUUGCUCCGAGGCUAGCAGCUGCUCCAAUACCAGCUCCAACAAGACCUGUCACUGCAGGGGAACCCGAACUGCUUGGGCGUGGUCGACAAAGGGGGUCCUCUGGAGCAGUGGGACGCAAAGAUGUUGUUGAGGUGAUAUCUGCUGGAUUUAAAGAGAUGUCAUUGGCAGAAAGAGGUGGACGUCGGCGAGACUUGCAUGAUCUUGGAGUGAACACGAGGAAGGCAAUGGAGCAUGUCAAGGAGUCCAAAACUGGUAUUUCUGGAAGUCUAAUACGACUGAUAACAAACUAUAUUCGCCUAAGCUCUCGCCCACAGUGGGCUCUAUAUCAGUACCACGUGGAUUAUAAUCCUCAAAUGGAAUCAAGACGUUUGCGAACAGUGCUAUUGUUUAUGCAUGACAAAAUUCUUGGUACAACUCGUGUUUUUGAUGGGUCGGUCUUAUUCCUGCCUAAAAAACUGGAAAAGAAAGUCACUGAACUACUGAGCCAGACACGUGAUGGCCAGAAUGUGAAGGUAACGGUUACUUUGACGAAUGAAUUACCUCCGACAUCUCCAACGUGCCUUCAGUUUUACAACAUUGUGUUCAGAAGGCUUUUAAAGAUGAUGUCCUUGCAGCAAAUUGGCCGAAACUAUUACAACCCUCAGGAUCCCAUUAUGAUUCCGCAGCACAGAAUCAUGGUUUGGCCAGGAUACACCACGUCAAUUCUGCAGUACGAGAACAGUGUCAUGUUAUGUGCAGAUGUCAGUCACAAGAUUCUGCGAAGCGAAACUGUACUUGAUGUGAUGUAUCAGUUAUAUGAGCAGUUUGGUGAACACCAGUUUCAGGAAGCCUGCUCCAAGGAGCUAAUCGGAGUCAUAGUUCUUACCAGGUACAACAACAAGACUUACCGAAUCGAUGAUGUUGAUUGGGUUCAGAACCCACGAAACACCUUUAAAAAGACAGAUGGAUCUCAAAUCAGCUACGUAGAUUAUUACAAGAAGCAAUAUAGUACUGACAUCACUGAUCUGAACCAGCCAGUGCUCAUCAGUCAGCCCAAAAGGCAAGGACCUGGAGGUACUACUGUAGGACCCAUAUGCCUCAUUCCAGAGCUCUGCUAUCUCACAGGAAUGACUGACAAAAUACGUUCAGAUUUCAAUGUUAUGAGAGACCUGUCUGUGCAUACAAGAUUAACACCAAAACAAAGAGAACAGCGGUUAUGGCGUUUCAUGGACUACAUUCAAAAGGAUGAUAAUGUACAGAAGGAGCUCUCUGAUUGGGGUCUCCAAUUUGAUACCGAGUUACACUCUCUGUCUGGCCGAGUUGUACCUUCAGAGAAGAUUCACCAAGGUGGUAAAAUGUUUGAUUAUAAUCCUCAAGCAGCAGAGUGGUCCAGAGAAACCAGAGGUGCUUACCUGAUUAAUCCUAUUCCACUGGAAAAUUGGGUGUUGAUUUUUACCCGAAGAAAUGCUGAUGUAGCUAGGAGCCUUUUCCAAACUCUGGGCAAAGUAGUAAAUGCAAUGGGCAUUAGAAUGGAAAAGCCAUUAAUGAUUGAGGUGGAAGAUCGCAGUGAGGCAUUUUUGAAGGCUUUGCAGUCUAAUGUUACUCAGUCUACAAGAAUUGUUGUUUGUGUCCUUCCAUCUAAUCGCAAAGACAAAUACGAUACAAUCAAGAAAUACUUGUGUGUUGAAUGCCCAACCCCAAGUCAGUGCGUAGUCGCUCGCACCUUAAGUAAGCCACAGGCAUUGAUGGCUAUUGCAACAAAAAUUGCAUUGCAAAUAAACUGUAAAAUGGGUGGUGAACUGUGGAGUGUCGAGAUACCACUCAAACAGCUCAUGGUGGUUGGUAUAGAUUGUUACCAUGAUAAUGCUGCUGGGAGGAAGUCCAUUGCAGGAUUUGUAGCCAGUCUUAAUCAGUCAAUAACAAGGUGGUUUUCUCGCUGCAUCUUGCAAGAGCGUGGACAAGAACUUGUAGAUGGAUUAAAAGUUUGCUUACAAGCUGCUUUGAAGACAUGGCAUGCUCACAAUAAGUGCCUGCCUGGUCGCAUCGUUGUGUACCGUGAUGGAGUUGGUGAUGGACAGUUGAACACUGUAGUCAAUUAUGAGGUUCCGCAGCUGCUAGAUUGUUUGAAAUACCUGACUGACUACAAGCCAAAGCUAUCGGUGAUUGUUGUAAAGAAGCGUGUUAAUGCAAGGUUUUUUUCACAAGCUGGUGGAAGAUUACAGAACCCACCUCCUGGCACUGUCAUUGACACAGAUGUCACAAGACCAGAAUGGUAUGACUUCUAUAUAGUCAGUCAGUCAGUGAAGGUUGGUACUGUUACACCGACACACUACAAUGUAGUGUAUGACAGCAGCAACUUGAAACCAGAUUACAUGCAGCGACUAACUUACAAGCUGUGCCACAUGUAUUACAAUUGGCCGGGUGUUAUUCGUGUGCCUGCCCCCUGCCAGUAUGCCCACAAGCUGGCAUUCUUAGUGGGACAAAGUAUUCAUCGAGAGCCCAGUCUGGCAUUAGCAGACCGACUUUAUUACCUGUGAAUAUAAAAACCAUCAUGUUUCCUGUCAUGAUUACUACUUUAAAAAAGCAACUUUAUGAAAUGAAGCAUUUCCCAAGAAUGUAUAUUCUAGACCAGGAAAACAUUCGGAUGUGUGGGCAGUUGUGUGAAUGGAAAACCGCACCUAUUCUUGUAAUCAUUCCAACUGGAUAUUAACUUGUUUGCACACAAUCUCUUUCAGUUUUCUAAAUACACAAUCUUUAAAGCAUCCACAAGCUGAGGCAAGAGUUCCUCAGAUAUCAAAAAUUCAUGACAUGUCUUCUCCUUUUCCCCUCCUCCACCACUACUGCAAUGCUUUGUCCCAAAUCCUUGAACAAUCUCUUUGCGUUCACUGAAAGUAGUUCUCUUAAUUAAAGCAACCAAUAGAAUUACAAAUGUUAUUGAGCCCCAAGUUCAUUGUGCUUUUGAUACUAGCUUAAACUCAAAUGACAACAGAUGCUGGAGAAACUCCGCAGGUCUGGCAGCAUCUGUGGAGAGAAAUAAACUUAAUCUUUUGAGUCUGGUUUGACUUCUUUGGAAUCCCCAUCUAUUUUGUCCCAUUUUUAUUGUACUAAAGAAGUCAUACUAGACUCAACAUUAACUCCUCUUUGAUACUGUCAGAUCAUUUUGUUUUUGUGCUUAGGAUACUAGUCUGACUUGAACUCUUUGCCCUAAUCCCCUUUUCCCAUUUCCCUUUUAUGCACAACCCUGGUGUUCCAUGUUUGACUAAUCCUCAAAGAUGCCAAACCCUUUCAUAUCAAAGGUAAAAUCAUCAAAUUUUAUAACAUGGGAGGCAGUCAUUUGGCCUGCCUUUAUGCCUGCUGUCUGUAUUUUAAAAUUAGUUUUUAUAAAAGCAAAGAACUAUGGAUGCUAGAGAUCUGAAAUGAAAACAAGAUGCUGGUGAAACGCAGCAGGUCUGGCGGUAUCUGUGGAGAGAGAAACAGAAUUAACUUUUGAAUCCAAUUUGACCCUAUCACUUUGUCCCAUUUCCUUGCCCUUUCCCAAAAAUUCUUUUUAAAGUUUUGUUCAUUUUCCUUUUAAAAGCUAUUAUGGAUUCUACUUGCAUGACUCUUGGGUAAGAAAUUUCAAACAGAUAAUAAGCCGUAUUUGUGGUUCUCUUCAUAACGAUAAUCCUGCAGUCUGUUUUUAGACAUUCACUGGAUGUGGGAAUACGUGGUAAGCCACCUUGAACUGCUACAGUUUGUGAUGCACACAAUUCUGCUGAUCAGGAAUUACAGGAUUCUCAUCUUCAGGUCCUCCCUCUAAAACAGUGUUGAGUACCUAAAUGUGGCUUAACUAAUUGGUAAAAAUUCAAUAUUUAAAACAAACCAUAUAUUACUCCAAUGUAUAGGACUACAGAAUCCUUAUAUCUCUAAUAUCAGCAUUCCAAUUUAAAGAUUUGUUCAUCCACACCUUUAGCUCACUACUGUUGACCAUCUUGCUGCUUUCGGUAAACAGUUUCCCACAAAUUGUACAGUAUGAUCUUUCAGUGCUUUUCAAUUCAUUACACAAAACACUGCUCCAGUUUUCUCAUCUGUGGUUAUCCGUUGUGUGAUCCUGAAUGGUGAACAUCUACAUAAUAUUUGAUCAUGAAGCUUGUGCAGCUGAGCCUGGUCCUGACCUCCAUAUGUGUCAACAGCAGGAGUCCCCAAAUAAUUUGAGAAUCUAGGGAAAAUGUCACCCCCAGUAGAGGGCUCCUCUAGCUGGUUGUACGCCCUUGCUGAGAUCAGUCACUUCAACACAGACACUGCAGAGUACAGUCCAGAUUAAACUGUAGUGUCUUUCCCUGAUCAGCUACCUGUGGCAGUUUUGCAGUUCAGUUUCAGAGUUAAUUUUGGAUCAACUUUAAAGUUAAUUUCCUUUUUUAAACAGCGUUGGAGUGGCGGUUCAAAUAUCAUUUUUCCCCCAUCCUCUAGGUUAUUUUCUUUGGGUGGGCAUAUUAGUAUAUUCUAAUUUAAGCCAAGACAGGGGUGGGAACAAUAUCCAUUUGUCUUGUCUGGUGCCACCCCACACGCCAUGAAAUGAUGCAUAAAUGCUGCCUAGUGAUGGUCCCUGAUCAAUGGGAAGAAAACUGGCCUGGGACUGUGGGCAAGGGUCCCUACUCCCUCCUCUUUCCAUAAUGUAAUGCAUUGGAUCCCAGGUUUUUAAAAACUAUAUACUGUUUUAAAGACCGUUCUUUGUCAAGUUUGGGCUGUGUCAGGAUUACUUUGACAUUUUGCAAACCUACUACAAUCAGCUGAAUUUACUAUAUUAACAAGGAUCUUGUCCAAGUGAGCAUCAUUUAUUUACUACAGGUAAAUAAUUCAGGUUAUCAUUAUAAGUACAUUUUAUGAUCACUUUGAGUACCUGUGACCUGCUGAUCCACUGACCUCUUGGAUAUUGAAUGUGUCAACAUGAAUUCAAUGAUAUAAUUUAGUUAUUUAAAAUUGCAGUUUUGAAAUAAUGGUCUGUAUUAGACAAUUAAAUUUGUUGGGAUGCUAAUUGCUGUAGAAGGGCUUUUUUUUUUGGAAAAACUUCAUUUGUGUUCUUACAAACUCCUGGGUAUGUGGCAGAAACAACCCCAAGAUUGUGAACAAGAUAUUCACUUUCGAUUUUAUUAAUGUUGCAAGAGUUUAACAUGGGCAGGACUGCUAACUUGCAUUGUAGUAUUGCAUGUUUAUCUUAAGAGUGGCAAAAUUAAGAGUUUCAAAUCUUCAGACAAAAUGGUUAUUGGUUUUUAGUUGGCUCUAUUUGCGGCAAUUAUUCAAUUCUGGACAGGCAAACUUAGCAGCCAAGAAAUAGUUCUAGAAGGCAGAUUCUGCAAACACCAUGCAUAGUAAUAAAUGUGGUUUUGGUAUAGAAGGAACUGCUGUGGCCUAAUGCAGACUAAAAUAGACACCAGUUUGCUAAUACCUAAAUGCUGAUCUCUGGAAUGAUAAAAGACAUUUCUUGAUUAUAAUUUUUUUUGGUUAUUGUGCAAAAUGGGUUUGAACUAAUUUAGUCAUUGUAAGUUUUGAACAUUAGCCAAUCAACAGCAUAAAGUCAUGUCAUGAAUAUUUACCAAAUUCAAUGUUAAGAUAAGAGUAGCACUCUUUUUAAGAAAAAGGGUAAGUUGAAGUGUACCUGGAAAGAAUUUACUGCCUCCUUUUGGAUUGUGUAUGGUUUUAUUUAGCUUGGUGAAAAUAUUUGUGGAGAAUCCAGGGUAUAGAUCCCUUUGUCAGGGAGCUCUGAUAUAAGUACCGUUGCUAUAUGUACUUGUGUAUACUUCCAACAUGUCAGGUCCUUUAGCACUGAUAACUAUUUGCACCUCUAACAUGGUGAGCUACGUUUUGUGGGUGUGAAUUAUGAUAUAUGUCUAAUGCUGAACUAAAUCAUAAUUUUCUUUUGGGAUGUGGGCAGCAUUGGUUAGGCCAGCAUUGUUUAUCCAAUCGUAACUGCUCUGCAGAUAAUGAGCUGCCAUCUGGAACCAUUGCACUCCAUGCAAUGUAGGUACAUCCACAUUGCUGUUAGGAAAGAAGUUCCAGGAUUCUAAUCUUUUGCUGGACUGUUGGUUUUUGCGGCUAUGAACUUGCU